AUGCCCAGACUUGCCGCGCUGUCGAGGGGCUCGGAGCGGGACGGGGUCCGGCAGGCAGCCCCUUGGGAAGCCAGUGCUGUUGCCCUGAGGAAGAGAGACAGCUUGGAUCUAGGCUGGGGAGGGGAAGAUGAUUACUACAGGAAAAGCGAUGGUUUCAAUUGCAAGAAGUGCCCUGCAGGCACCCACCUUAUCAAGGAGUGUGAGGAGGAGGGAGGCUCCAGCACGUGUGAGCCCUGUGGACUCGGGGAAUACAUGGAAUAUCCCAACACCUUCCAGUCGUGCCAGGAGUGCUCCAAGUGCAGGGAAGAUCAGGUGGAGCUGAGUUCCUGCCAGCUCCAGAGGAACACGGUGUGUGCCUGCAGGAACGGCACCUUCUGCCCCCCGGAGCACCCCUGCGAGAUGUGCCAGAAGUGCCAGCCCAGGUGUCCCGACGGUCAAGUGGUGCUGAAGCCCUGCACACCCACGAGUGACCUGCAGUGUGGUCCUGACACGGCCACCUUCCCCUCCUACCUCACGGGUGGCAUCAUUGCAGGGAUUGUGAUUGUGACUGUGAUUGGGAUCGUGAUGAUUGGGAUUGCUGUCUGCUGCUGCUGUAAACACCACUGCAGCUCCCCAGGGGAUGGGAGCCCCUCAAGCAAGAAGCCCUUUGAAAUUGUGUUUCAGAAGCUGCCGUGGUGCAAGAGAGAGAACAGCGGGAGAGAGGACAACAUCCCCAACGAGCGCACAGAGAGGCAGCUGCAUGAGAGGGCAGCAGAGAGACAGGAGAUGCUGCCAAGUAAGAGUGAGAGGCCCUGGAGGACUCUGCUUCCUCCACCAGGGACUGAACCCAUUAAAGCGCUGAAGAACACCUUUUACACCUUUGCGGAUAAAGUGCCCAGAGACUACUGGAGGAGAUUCGGCCUCAACCUGAACCUGGAGGACAUUGACAUCCCCACGGGUCAGUCCACGGAUGAUUUCUACAACAUGAUGUGCAGGUGGCACAACAGGGUGGGCUCCAAGGCCUCUGUGAACACCCUGCUGGACACCCUGGAGCGCCUCAAGCUCGGUGGGGUGGCAGAGGACAUCUGUAAGAGCCUGGUCCAGGAGCGAGGCUUUCAGUACGAAACGAGCUGAAGGAGCAGCUCUGCAGCUGUGAAAUACCCAGAACGGUGAAUUGUAGCUGUUUAUAGCUGGCCUGUGCUCCUCUGCUCUUGAAGCCAUCAUGAGUUCAGCUGGGCCAGGAGGAGCUGAUCCUCACGAGAAGCACAAGCCCCAGGCUCCCCUCUGCUGGAGUUACAGGUUCGAUGUUGGUUCUUCCUCGUGGAAUCCAAGCUGGUUUCUUGAUUUCACUGGGUCAACACCAAGAGGUUCAACUAACUUCAAUCUGCCUUGGGCCUUCUCUCUUGGAAGCAUUGGUACUACCCAGAUUUCUUUGGGAUCUGUGCAGAGAAGGGUUUUUGGCAUCCCUAUGCUUCUGAACUGGAUCAUCCUUGAUCUUCAAAGGAUUCCUGGCAUCAUGAAAUGGCUUCUGCUUCUAGAACAUCUCUAAGUAAGCUUCGUUCUGCAUGCUUGGUGGUUCUGCGAGCUCAGCUGGGAUCUUGGGCUGCUUUUGUGACCUAAAUUUUUAGAUUUUGUUGGGUUUUUUUGUUUUUGUUUUUGUUUACAUGGUUCUGCUUGUUCUUAGGAGCCAGUUUAAAACUGCGCUUGGAGGGGACGGGGGGGGAUGAUUGAUUUGCACAAUGGACACUGGGGUUGCCUGGGGAAAGGGACAAUGCAGGGGUCACCCAGCCCAGCCCCCUGCCAGGACCAGGGAUGUCUUCCUUCCCAUGAGGCUGCUCCAAGCCCCAUCCAGCCUGACCUUGAGUCUUUGCCAGGAUGGGGCAGACUAUCGGGGCAGCCU